AUGCUGCAAAUUGUGCAGCACAUGACAUGUAGUACCGUAACAAAGCUGAGGUAUUUAAUAAAUUCUGAAGCACAAACGGUACAAACAGAGCCGUUGGAUUUAUCGGUGCGGAAAGUGAGUGAGGAACGAAUACAAUUACAAAAGCUAUCAAUUAAUGAAACGAAUAAAGGACAGACGGAAUGUUUCCCUCAAUCAUCUCAUUUGAGUGCUCAGAAGAAGACGCAUACCGGUGAAAAGUCGUACAGUUGUACGCUGUGCAAUCGAAGUUUCUCUCGCUCAUCGAAUUUGAUGAGACAUGUGAGGAUUCAUAAUGGUGAAAAGCCGUAUAGUUGCACGAUAUGCGGGAAAAAUUUCGCUGAUUCAUCGCAUAUGAUAAGGCAUGGGAGGAUUCAUACCGGUGAAAAGCCGUAUAGUUGCACGAUAUGCAAUCAAAAUUUCUCUCAAUCACCGCAUUUGACAAAUCAUGUGAGAACUCAUAUUGGUGGAAAGCCGUACAGUUGUAUGAUAUGCGGGAAAAGCUUCUCUCAAUCAUCGAAUUUGAGCAGACAUAACAGAACUCAUAUCAGUGUAAAGCCAUAUCAGUGUAUCCGUUGUACGAUAUGCGGGGAACCUUACGAUCGAAGCGAUAAUUUGAAAGAGCACAUGAAAACUCAUAGCAAUACGAUGCUUUUUAAUUGA